GGGAGCCGGGGAGCCCUGCAGCGGGAGGCAGGCAGGUAAUGAACCAAAAAGAUCAUGUCUGAAGUACAAGGAACGGUUGAGUUUUCUGUAGAGCUACAUAAAUUUUAUAAUGUGGAUCUCUUUCAGAGAGGGUAUUACCAGAUCCGAGUGACCUUGAAGGUGUCCUCAAGGAUCCCCCACAGACUGAGCGCCUCCAUCGCUGGGCAGACAGACAGCAGCAGCCUGCACUCAGCCUGCGCCCAUGAGAACGUCGUGCACAGCCGGGUCUUUCAGAUCUUAUACAGGAAUGAAGAGGUUCCCAUAAAUGACGCUGUGAUCUUCCGAGCUCAUUUGCUCUUAGAUGGAGAAAGGGUGGAAGAGGCGUUAAGUGAAGUUGAUUUUCAGCUCAAGGUGGAUCUGCACUUCACAGACAGUGAACAACAGCUGAGGGACGUGGCGGGGGCACCUCUGAUCAGCAGCCGCACGCUCGGCCUGCACUUCCACCCCCGGAGGGGUCUGCACCACCAGGUCCCCGUCAUGUUCGACUAUUUCCACCUGUCAGUGAUCUCGGUGACCAUCCACGCUGCCCUGGUGGCUCUGCAGCAGCCCUUGAUCAGUUUUACCCGUCCGGGAAGAGGCUCCUGGCUUGGUAAAGGCGGGCCAGACACAGGACCAGAACAGUCCAGCCUCUCUCUGGAAAACCUGGUCUUCGGAGCCGGAUACUGCAAGCCGACAUCCUCAGAGGGGAGCUUCUAUGUGCCGUCGGAGAAUUGCAUGCAGCACGCGCACCGGUGGCACCGGGACCUGUGCUUCCUGCUCCUACAUGCCUACCGGGGGCUCCGCGCCUACUUCCUGGUCAUCAUGAGGGACAUCCCCGAGCUGCCGCACAUGGAGCUGGAGUCCCUUGGAGUUGAGGAAACGCUCUCUCAGCUUUGCUCAGAGCUACAGAUGUUGAACAAUCCAGAGAAGAUAGCUGAGCAGAUAAGUAAGGAUCUCGCCUGGCUCACCUCCCACCUAAUGGCUCUGUGGACCCAGUUCCUAGACACGGUGACUCUACACUCCCAGGUGACCACUUAUCUCACCCAGGAACAUCACACCUUGAGGGUCCGAAGGUUUUCUGAGGCCUUCUUUUACAUGGAGCACCAAAAACUUGCAGUCCUGACUUUCCAGGAAAAUCUGAUACAAACCCACAGCCAGCUGUCUCUGGACAUCCGGAAUUCGGAGUACCUCACCACCAUGCCCCCACUGCCCGCGGAGUGCCUCGACAUCGAUGGCGACUGGAACACCCUGCCCGUUAUCUUUGAGGACAGAUACGUGGACUGCCCUGCAACAGGGUGCAAUUUGAGUGUUUACCCUAAUUUUGAUGUUCCAACAAGUCCUGCAAUAAUGAAUCUAAAAGACACAGAAGAGAACGCUAUUAUAAAUAGAAAAUCACCUUUUAGGGAAGACCUUGUCUUGCCCACCAUGAAACCACUUCAGAUGGACUCUGAUGAGGAAGUUACUAGGUGUCCAGAGCCAGACAAUAGCAUAACCACACCAAAACAUGUGGAUGUGUGCUCCAAAUCUCAGGUGUAUCUGACAAUUGGUGAGUUCCAGAACAAGGCAGAUCUGCCUGAAGAUGAAUGUUGGACUGGCCAGAGGUCUGAUGUUGGAACACAUCCACUGGCAGAUGAGGACCUGCCCAGAAGGAGUCCAGGUCCAGAGGAUGGCCAGGCCCCAGUACUCACCUACAUUGAUGUGAAAUCUAGCAAUAAGAAGCCUUGCAGUGCUGAACCCACAGUGGUCAUUAGUGCUCAGCAUGAGAGUGGGCACUCUCAAGAUAACUAUGAAUCAGACAGAACUGUGCCAGGCAAAGACAUAGCAGGUGGAAGUCGUCCAAAUGCCAUCAUUUUGGAGAAAACAACACUCCAUGAGUUAAGUACUCUAGGAAAGGUUGCAGACCAGGAGGGCAAGGUGGUGCUGCUAAGUCUAAAGCUCAUCCCCUCUGAGCCCUGUGAUCCACUAAACUCCACUUUGAGGGAUCCCUUGGAUGUUAGGGCUUCCCCAAAGGACCCUCAUGCAGAGGAACAGGAGGAAGUGUCGGUGCUCUCUGGGGUCAUCAAGAGGUCCUCUUCCAUCAUCUCUGAUUCAGGCAUUGAGAGCGAGCCAAGCUCUGUUGCCUGGUCCGAGGCACGAAGCAGGGCCCUGGAGUUACCCAGUGAUCGAGAAGUCUUGCACCAUCUGGUUCGACGACAUGCCCUGCACAGGAACUCCUUAGAGGGUGGACACACAGAGAGCAAUACGAGUUUGCCAAGUGGGAUCCAGGCAUCUCUCACCUCCAUUAGCUCUUUGCCUUUUGAGGAGGAAGAGCGGGAGUUGGCCAACACCAAGUUGACCAAGUCUGUGUCUGCACCCCAGAUCAGUAGCCCAGAGGAGUCCUCUGAAGACACGGACACGAUGCAGCAACGUGGAGGUCUUGCUGAAAGGUCAGCCAUACCCAUCAAGAGCAUAGACUCCCCAGGUGCCGGGACAGACUCUUUCCCUGGGCAGGUGGUUUCAGGUGCUGACAACCAGCAGGGCCCUGGUUACAUAGACAUCCCCAAAGGUAAAGACAGUCAAUUUGAUCCUCAAGGACCUUGUUGUCUUGAUGGCAGGACUGAGAACCCUCCAGACAUUGAAACCAAAGGUCUUAAUUUAGAAAUACCACGUGUCAUAGCACUUGAAAACCCUCAGAAUGGAUCUUGUCCUGGAGUACUAAUGGAGACUCCAAAGGGCAUGCCUGAAGACUUGAAUGUGGAGAAAGGAGCUCUUUCCGACAGCAGCAUCUCAGAUGAUGAGACUGUCGCCCACCAUAAGGUGCCUGAAUGGAGCUGUACAGCAGCCGCUAAUGCCAGUGACCUGGGUUCAACAGGCGAGCAGAGCAGCUCACCUUGCAUCAUUGAUGAUGCAGCAUUUAGCAAAGGAUCUCAAGCUCCUCUGGAGGCCGGACAUGAAGCAGGCACUGUGUGCUCCACUGUGACUCACUCCAUUAACUCCCAGCUUUUAGGAACCCAAGAACCAAGGGCAGUCACUUCCGUCAUGGUGUCCCACCUGACCCCUGCAGAGACCUUCACUCUGGACAGCCUGAAAGCCGUGGAGGUCGUCAACCUGUCUGUGUCUUGCACUGCCACGUGUCUUCCUUUCUCCUCCGUGCCCAAGGAGACCCCUGCCCGGGCUGGAUUCGCCUCCAAACAGACCCCGUUGCCCAUCACUCAUCAGCCUUUGGGUUCCUUUGGAGUUGUUUCUGCCCAUUCCAGCAAGUUGGAGGAAGAAGUCAGUGAAAGGAUGUAUAGUUUUUAUCAGGCCAAAGAAAAAUUUAAAAAAGAACUGAAGAUUGAUGGAUUUCUGUACAGUGACUUAUCUGUACUAGCUUCUGAUAUACCGUAUUUCCCACCAGAGGAAGAGGAAGAAAAUUUGGAAGAUGGGAUUCACCUGGUAGUCUGUGUCCAUGGCCUAGAUGGGAACAGUGCAGACCUCCGCCUGGUAAAGACUUUCAUAGAACUGGGGCUUCCUGGAGGAAAGCUGGACUUCCUAAUGUCAGAGAAGAAUCAGAUGGACACAUUUGCAGAUUUUGAUACCAUGACGGAUCGGUUGUUGGAUGAAAUCAUUCAGCACAUCCAGUUGUACAACCUCUCCAUAUCCCGAAUUAGCUUCAUUGGCCAUUCCCUCGGCAACAUCAUCAUCCGGUCGGUCCUCACACGGCCCCGGUUUCGGUAUUACCUCAACAAACUCCAUACAUUCCUGUCGCUGUCUGGGCCUCACCUGGGGACCCUGUACAACAACAGCACGCUGGUCAGUACAGGUUUGUGGCUCAUGCAGAAAUUAAAGAAAUCUGGGUCCCUUCUGCAGUUGACCUUCAGGGAUAACGCUGAUCUGCGCAAAUGUUUCCUCUACCAACUAAGCCAGAAAACAGGUCUGCAGUAUUUCAAAAAUGUCGUGCUGGUGGCUUCUCCCCAGGAUCGCUAUGUGCCAUUUCACUCCGCCAGGAUCGAAAUGUGUAAAACUGCCCUCAAGGACAGACACACAGGGCCCGUGUAUGCGGAGAUGAUCAACAACCUCCUGCGCCCUCUGGUCGAGGCCAAGGACUGCACUCUGAUCCGCCACAAUGUGUUCCACGCCUUGCCCAACACUGCCAACGCGCUGAUCGGCCGAGCCGCCCACAUCGCCGUGCUGGACUCCGAGCUCUUCCUGGAGAAGUUCUUCUUGGUGGCGGGGCUCAACUACUUCAAGUAGCGGCCUGGGGGCUGGGCCAGAAGCUCUGCGACCCCGGGAGCGCGUUAGCGGAGACAUCCUUGGUGGCCCUCCGCCACUCCAGGCGGAGCUCAGAGAGGAAGGCGCCGUGGCCGGGAGGGUGGGGUGGGGCCGGCCAUUCCAGGUGCUUCCAUUUCGGAGAUUUGGGAAAAGCUGAACCGGUCCGGUAGUGUCACCGACAAGACUUUGUCCGAACCUGUCCAGCCACCUGGAGUCUCUUUCAAGAUGCUUUCUAGGGAAAAUAUGACAAAAUAAAGAAACAGAAUACUUGGACCUGGUGAGCCCACCUUUUACCUACCCCUGGCUCACAGAGAUUGCUCCAGUGUUACUAGGUCUGUCUGGUAUGUUCCUAGCUCAUAGCUUUAUCAUUCUGAUUAAAUUAAGUGCAUACAAGCAUUUCAGAACUCAGGUUAACCUCUGUGUGGAAGUGGAACGUCUUUGUGUAAAUAUAAUCCUUACUAGAUUCAAAUGUGCCACUUGUGCAAGACAAUGUGAUGCCCACACGAUCAUUCUCUCUCAUGUUUUCUCAACAAGGGGCAAAGGAAUGCUUUAUAAACUCCGAUUCUCUUUCAUUAACAGCAGUGGGUGGGGUAGGGUAUGGGAUUUAAGGUACGGGGGCCGGACAAAGGCGAUGCUCUUGGGAAAUGCAGGUUUGUUACAAAGAAAAACAACUAGAAGGAAUGUGGUGGGGAUGAGUUGCUUCACCCACUCCUCCAGACUGUCUAUGCAGAGCCCUGGCCCACAGAUUAUUUCUGUGAUUGCUUAAAUCUCUGUCUGUAGUCGGGAAAACGGACUUAGAUCAAACCUAGCAGAAGGGGGCACUGAGGUUGAUGCAUGCAUGUGAAGCUCCUGCUGAAAUUCUUCCAAAGAAAUGCUACGUUAGCAUCUGAUGCAAUUGCAAAAAAAAAAAAAAAAUACAAAUACAAAUAAAACCAUUAACAUGGCCAGCUGCUUCUCCUCUCCGUGGAAGGAGAAACAUCUAAACGGAGGAGUGCUGGAUUAAACCUCAGGGGAGCUCUAAGAAGGUGCUGGUUAUCUUUCAAUAGAAAUGUCUUCUUGCCUUAGGAAAAUAAAGGGCUAGGAGAGGUCACCAUUGAUAAAAACCAAUAAAUGGCAGGGACGACAGUGAGAUCAGAGAGGAGGACAGCAGCCAGAUUGAGGACCCAGCUCAAAUUGUUACUGGUAAGUCACAUAAGGGAAGUUUUGGAAAUUGCCAGGGUAUUUGAUAGGGUUCCAGAGACUGAGCCCACUCUUGGCCUAAAGGAAGCCUGGAGAAUCACCUAGUCACACUGAAGGAAUGGGUGAACCAGGAAGGUAGGGAUGACUCACCCGAGAGACCCAUCUUCAGGAAGCAGAAGCUCCCAUUUCUGCAGACUCCCCUCCUAACCUGCAGAAACUAAUCUGCCACCAGGUUCCUGGUCUCAGCGCCUGGACCGAGCCCUUUGGUCAUCAGUGCCAUGGUCUUAAAACCAAGUAAAUCUUGGCCCAUCUGAGAAUUUCAGUCCUCCCGUGUUAACAAUGGGACUUUGCAGAAACAAGCGCAGACCGUGAGAGACCAGUGCAGGUAGGCAGCUUCGCAGGAUGGUAGACUGGUGGGUUUCUCAUGAAAGAAGGUGGGGGCGGAGUUGAAUGAGCCCCAAAGGCAGACUUCCACACGGUGGAGUCAGAGUUUCUCUGUGGGACUUCUGCAAACUUUCAUUUUGUCCUAGGCCUAACCCAUAUGGGAUCAGUUAAGUCCUGUGGGUAUUUUUCCAAGUUCUCGAUGUGCGUAGACUGGUUGCUCGUGAACACCGAACGCAGUAUAACCCAGGAGGAAUGGGUUCCUGCAGUGGAGCCCAUGACGUUGUGUUUCCUGGUCCAGGCGAGUGUUCAUGCUCAGUGCGGGACCAUACGUUUGUAGCAACUUCUCCUUUUUUGGCCAAACGAGGAGCCCUGCCCCUCUGAUGAGAGCAUUUCAUUUUGUGUUUCCGAUACCCAUCAGCAAAGUUUGUCAUUCCUCGGUCACUUGAAAGACCGUGUAGCCGGUGGUUAUGGAGCCAGGGUGAAUCCAAUGACCAUCGUCUUUUCCAAUAACCGGAUGCCAUUUUUAACUUCAAUAUGCUGUCUGGACAUAGUGAGAACUAAUGGCAAUAAACGUCCAGCUGCAUGGUGCACCCCUUUUUUAUGGGGGUGAUCUGCUGUCUUUGUAAACCCUCUCUGGCCUCUGAGCAUCUAUUCUAUUGUGUAGAAAGUACAUCUCUAUAUUGUAAAUAAGAGUGUCCAGUGUUGCGUGUCAUGCCUCAUUUGAAAAGGCUUUUUUAUGUCUCUUUCUAUUGAAGUAUAGAUAUCUAAUAUAUAUACAUAAAUAUAUAUAUAUAUAAUGUAAAACAGGGACAUUAUAUUAUUUAUUAUAAAAUUAUAAACAAAAUGCCUGCCAAGAUAAUGGUCUAGUAUGUUUUCAUUCUUAGCAUAACUUUUGUGGGGUUUUUUUUUGUUUUGUUUUUAUGGUUAAGUUUCUCAGAAGUAGGUAGAAAUAAAAAUUGCUACUGUU